AUGCCCCCCAAACCUCCGAAUCGUCCCCCCACCGACAAACAACCGGGGAAACAUGUCUGUUCCGUAAGAGAAUGCCGACGUGCAUUCUCAACAGCGGGCCACCUUUCUCGCCACACAAAGACACACACCGGCGAGAGAAACCAUGCCUGUCCAUUUCCUGGAUGUACGACAAGAUGUUCACGGGCGGACAACCUGCAACAACACUAUCGCAUUCACCUUUCUCCUGGGUCGCGUGGGCGGAACGGUGGACGGAGGGUAUUCGCAAUUGCUCCCCCGACAAAGAAGCCGCGUUUAUCGACGGUCGAACGCUCUCCACCACCGCCGCCAAUUUCGCCGCUAGCGCUCGACAUGCCCCACAACGACCGCGAUCCUGACUCAUUCCCCACUCGUUGCCCUUCUUAUUCGCCGCCACCGAAUUCGCCGCCUCCUCUUGAAGACUCGCGUUUAUACUACAUGCGUAUUGCUCUACAACACGCACCAGUCAAGCGAGAGGAGUCUCCACCUCCCAUUUUCAUGGCUCCAGACCCGGCCGAUUUGGCUGCUGCUAUUGCGGCUUAUGACUCGGCUUCCGACCCACAAGGUCUAAAGGCGGAGGGCUUGCUGCGUGCUCUAGGGCUGGCUCAAGCGCCUCCCUUGUUGGAAGACGCGCACCCGAACAUACCGAAAAUCGAGUGGCCACCCAAGAUUAUGCCGAAACUUGAAGACUAUGGUAGCUCGACGGAAACCCCAGAGUUAAAUUCGCCCUUGACGACGACGGAGCCCCUCGUGAUUAGGAAGCCCAUAUCGACUCCAACUUCGAAUUCAUCCUCCUGUGGUCGAAUGAUUAGUAAGACGCGCAGUCAAUCCUUCGCUCUAUCCAACGCUGCGUGGCCAUCCGCUGUGGGGAGCUCCCAUUGCCCUAGUCCCAGUCCACCGCCCCCCGCGCCCCCCGGGAUGUUUAGUUCAUUGCCGCUGGGAGUCGCCGCACCGCUAGACCCACUGCCGUCUCCCGUCACAGUUCUCAAUCACCCGACCGUAUCUAGUUCGUUACCUCCGAAAACCAAGGCGAACGAGCCGCCAACAAUUGCACCGGCUUCUCACCCACAGCCGUCUAGUUCUGCCAAAAGCGGCAGUCUAUUCGUGGCAUCCCCCCUCGCACUCGAACUCGCUUAUGCCACCGCACCGACUCCAGCCCCCCAACGCGUAAGCGGCUCCCGAUUACGAGGGGCAUCGAUCCUCCCACCGCUCGAUACGGGUUUUGAUUGGAGAGGCAGGCCUGCCACGCACCCGGACGAUCAAAAUGACACUGACAGCGUUUUGGGGCCAGAAAGCGAGGACGGCGAUACGGAUAUCGAACCAGACCGUAAUGGGAUGAAAGGCAACGUUGCUUCGGAGAUGCCGGGAAUGGAACAGCAGCCUGUGGACAACUCGGAGUUGGAAUAUGUUGAACCUGAAGACGGGGGUCAAUUUCAUUAUUGGCAUGGCGCGUACAUGGUUCCGACGGGGGAUUAUUUGUCCCCGGUGACAACAGAGGCUGAGUAUCAUUAUGUCAUAGCCCAGCAGCUUGAACAGGAAUACCCUGCUGCAGACCCGGACUACGCCGGCCAACCUGCUCCGAGCUAUUCACCUCUUCCACGAAUCAGACGCCAAGCGGCCACUCUCACCGCCGAGCGAGUUCAGACGGCACGAGGGCGCAGCGUCGUGGUCAUCCACUCCCUCUUCUUCUUUAGCGGCGAUGGUGCAACAAUGGCAGCCACAACAAGCCCCACCGAUUCUUCAUGCACCGCGGCCCCUGCGGGGGCGGCCCCGAACCCCGACCAGUUGGAAUCACAGAGCUACGCGGAAGACAAUUUCAUGGCCGCGACGUAUACGCCCCCAUUGACGGCUGCUUCAAGCUCCAGUGGCGAAAGCACGAGCAGUGGGAGCAGUUGUGCUGAAAGCCCGCAAACACCCUAUGCAGAAUAUGGACACUAUGAUCACGACUCGGACUACCACCCGGAAAACUUUGCUGCCUGCGACAAAACAACCUACUACCCGACGUAUGAGUACUAUGAUGCAAACGGCUGCCUAAAAUCGACAUCCAGCGCCGUUUAUCAAACAGAAGACUAUUAUGCCAACGAUUCUCCGGUGUCUCCUUUCCCCUUGUACCAGCGGCCUUUCGCAACAAACGAAAAACCAGCAGCUCACCCAGAACAACCGCCCACUGUGACACCCGGCCAAUACCUGCACUGGUAUGCUGGGACGGCGUCGUAG